GGCAGCGUGCGACGGAGGCAGAGGAAGCGCUUGUGAAGAUGGCGGCGAGGGUGGAGGACAAGCAGUGGGCGUAUUGGGAACAGCGGGAGCUGCUGGGACGGGUCUUGGAGGAUAUCGUGAAUCUCGCUUAUUCAGAGGCCCAGUACGACGGGGCUAUCGGCGCCUGCUCUCCUGCUUCUCCCUCGACCUCACCCAUCUGCCUCCUGAACGAUGCAGAGUGGAGAAAAGAAUCGUUGCGGUCCAUCAUGCGUCUGGAAAGAGAGGCGAAGGCAUGCCUUCGGAACAAUCCUUUAGCAAUGGCUGUACCAUCAUGGGAAGAAGGCAUUCGCGAGGGCGAAUUGAUGGAGGAGCCGUCUGAAGAGGAGAUGCAGGAAGGAGAACAAGACGUGGAUGAGGUCCUGCUCAGUGAAGGGGAGAAAAUGGAAGGGGCUUUGGCAUCCGAGAACAGGGAAUGGGGAAGAGACAAGGUGAGUGAAGACGACGAAACGAGGGAGGAGGGAGAGAUGGAGGAAAGGGAGAUGAUGAUGGCAUGGAGUAAGGAAGAUAAAGAGGUGACUCUGGAGGAUGAGGCAUUUAGGUAGGAUUUUGUUGUGGAAUAAAACAUGUGAUGAAGGGAAAAAUAUGGAAGAGAAGAACUGAGGCGAAGGAAGUAUGGAUCCUGCAAGAUGCCCUACCGCAUUUUUCAUAUUUAUCUUCAAUGUAAUGAAAGGGGAAUAAGACAAACGAAAGCGUGAUUGUAGGUCACAGACGGAUGUAAAAGCAAAUUUUAAAAACGCCGGCGUCGACUGAAAGUUUCUUC